AUGUUUAUUUCGGUAUCCGAUUUUACGUGGUUUGAAAGUGAUGAUGAGAUCUACAUAACAGUUCCCUUGAAAGGCACCCCUUCGAAAACUUGUGACUUGUUCAUAUCUACUAGAUAUGUCAAGAUUGUCUUUAAACCUUACAUUUUUGAGUGUGUACUUUGGGGCUUCAUCGAUGUCGAUAACAGUAAGGUCGUUCUCGAAAAUUGUGUUGCUGCACAUAUGACACUGAAAAAGAAGACCGUGUCCAAAUGGCCCAAAUUGGAGGCUGAUGAAAUGAAGGAAAAAGAAUCCCUCAUGAGAAUUCGGCAAGAAGCGAUUGCUGAAGUACAAGCACGUGAAACAGAACGGGAGAAGAAUAGCCGUGAAGAAAAGAGGCUCGGUGAGAAGACCGCACUAAAGGCAAUGAUGAGGAUUGAAGGAGAGGAACGAAACCGUCAUGAGGAGACUAAGAAGGCGGCAACUUUUGCAGCAAUGCAGGAAUUGGUGGAAGGUCAGAAAAAAAUGCAGCAGCAGGCUAAAGAGAGAGAUGCGAAAAUUGCGGCGGCACGUGCAUUUGCCCGAGAAGUCUACGGAGGUGGCAACACAGUUUCACCAACUCCUGCAACUUUAAAACAAUAUAUUUUUAAGGGAUGCGAGAAGCCUCAGGUUCCCGUUAGAAGUAAUGAUAAAAUUGUCGUUUCCUUUACUCCCCGUGUGUUCCCCACUCCGGAAAGGGAAUCCAUGAAAGAUGACGAAGAAAAGUGGUUGCGGGCUCAAGCGGAGCAUAGGCGAAUACUGACCUCUAAAGUAGUAGAAGAUGGGGAUCUUUCGGAAGCCGAGAAAGAUCCAAUCUGGUUGCAAAAGAAAGCUGCAGCCCUCUUCAGAGCUGGUGAUUUUGAAGCCGCAGCACUUGCCUAUACGGAAGCCUUGAAACGUGCUCCAAAACUGCCAUCUCUUCAUCUCAAUAGAUCUGCUUGUUAUCUGCAAACGCGUAAUUUCUUUCGUGCUCUUGAGGACGCCUCAACGGCACUAGAUUUGCUUAAACCUGCCGUUCCACAGAAUCUAAAUUCUCGCAUUAAAGCUCACAUUCGUCGAGGUGUUGCAUUUUGCAACUUACAAAUGUUCAAAGAAGGUAUAUCAGAGUAUGAGGCUGCGGCGAAACUCAAUCCUGCUGAUACAACUAUACAGGAUGAUCUCAGUCGAUUGAAGGGGAUGAUGAGUAAACCCAUAAAGCGACCCAUCAACACCUAG